UCCAGUUCCAAACUCUCACCGUGUAAUCCCUCAUUGAAUCUCGUUUGGUGGGUUGAACAACGAACGGUUCUACCUUGAGCUUUGAGCUUUUCAGUACAAAUCAUGGUCCCCAGUGGCAGCAACCACCCUUUUCUCAUCCACACACUCAAAAAAGCAUAGCGAUCCCACUUGCGUGGCCUUAUCACUCCAACAUGUUCGCCAUAUUCAUAGGUUAGUGGUUGUGAACACAAACUCUUUGCUCCCCACGUUACACUAGUUACUCACUUUCCUUCUCUUCACAAAAAAUAACCUACUUCUUUCUCUCUCCAACAACAUCAUAAUAUGUCUCUUACUCUAACCAUCAAACUACACUUGGCUUCACCACCCCACUUUAGCCUCAACCAUGCAAACAAGGUAAUAACUUGCAAAACCAAAACUUUUUCCAAUCCCAACAACCACACCAAGGUUGGUGCCAAGCCCAUUUAUAGUGCCACCCCUUUGAUCACCCCGUUGCGUAUGGUGAAGCCUAGAGUGCAGUGUAGCAGCAUGAUCAAGAGUUCUUUGAUUGAGCCUGAUGGGGGGGCGUUGGUGGAUCUUGUGGUGCCCGAGUGUGUGAGGGGUGCUAAGAUCAUUGAGGCUGAGACACUGCCCAAGGUGCACCUCUCAAGGAUUGAUCUUGAGUGGGUGCAUGUGGUGGGGGAAGGGUGGGCUAGUCCCUUGAGAGGGUUCAUGAGGGAGGAUGAGUAUCUUCAGAGUUUGCAUUUCAACUCCCUUAGGGUGAAAGAUGGCUCUGUGGUGAAUAUGUCUCUUCCCAUUGUGUUGGCCAUUGAUGAUGAGACCAAAGGGAGAGUUGAGUCCGCCACCCAUGUGGUGUUGGUCGGGCCUGAUGGAGAUUAUGUUGCCAUUCUCCGAAGUAUUGAAAUCUACAAACAUAACAAGGAAGAAAGAAUAGCUAGAACAUGGGGAACAACUGCUCCUGGACUGCCAUAUGUUGAGGAGGUGAUUACUCCUGCUGGAAAUUGGCUUAUUGGAGGAGAUCUGGAAGUGAUAAAACCUAUCAAAUAUAAUGAUGGUCUUGAUAACUACAGGCUCUCUCCCAAACAACUCCGUGAUGAAUUUGACAAGCGUCAAGCGGAUGCAGUUUUUGCCUUUCAGUUAAGAAACCCUGUGCACAAUGGCCAUGCCUUGUUGAUGAAUGAUACUCGGAAGCGCCUAUUGGAUAUGGGCUACAAAAAUCCUAUUUUAUUGCUUCACCCUCUUGGAGGUUUCACAAAGGCUGAUGACGUACCCUUGGAUGUCAGGAUGGAGCAACAUAGCAAGGUCCUAGAAGAUGGAAUUCUUGAUCCUGAGACUACCAUAGUCGCCAUAUUUCCAUCGCCUAUGCAUUAUGCCGGUCCAACUGAAGUACAGUGGCAUGCCAAGGCACGGAUAAAUGCAGGUGCUAACUUCUACAUUGUCGGUCGUGAUCCUGCUGGUAUGGGUCACCCAACUGAGAAGAGGGAUUUGUAUGACCCUGAUCAUGGAAAGAAGGUGCUCAGCAUGGCUCCUGGUCUGGAGAAGCUCAACAUUUUGCCAUUCAGGGUGGCAGCUUAUGACACUAAGGUUAAUAAGAUGGCAUUUUUUGACCCAACCCGUGCCAAAGAUUUCCUCUUUAUAUCUGGAACCAAGAUGCGGGCUUAUGCAAAGAGUGGGCAGAAUCCGCCAGAAGGUUUUAUGUGCCCAAGUGGGUGGAAGGUUCUUGUGAAGUACUAUGAAAGUUUGCAAGCAGAAGAGGCAUCCCAACAGCCUGUGCUAUCAUCUACUUAGACAUAACUAGAAGUAGAGGUUUAGCAUCAAUUGAUUCCAAAGGGAGAGUGUUAAAAACACAUUUCUGGGAGUGCCAAUUUUUAUGCAUGGUCUUCCAGCUUCAUGGUCAAGAUUUAAGCAAUGCGCAAGAAUAUUUGAACUUUUUGUACUAUAUUGAAUUAUCCUUUUUCUUUACAAAUUACUAUGACAACAAGAAUUUCUUGUGGUGCGUCAAGCAUAAUUGCAGAUGUAGUCUUCUAUCUAUAGACUCAUGAUCUGAAAGUCCAGUUCAAUAAGGGUUAGAGAAAUUCAGCAUAGCCUUGGUGCUUAUGUAUAUUUAAAAAGGGCAUAUAUGUGCUCAAGGUUUUUAAGGGUUCUUGUGACCACAUUGUUACUGUAAUUGCAGUCACAUUGACUACAUUUUCACUGGUGAAGACAUUGGCUUAUAUUUGUCAAUAAUUUUGUAAGACGUCACGGAUCAUGACAAAACCACAACUAUGACUACAAUUUAAAACCUUUGUCCUUUGAUGA